UGUAUUUGUGAUAUUAAUGAGCCGUUAAAGUAAUCUUACAUUGAAACAUUUGCGCUGGGUACUUGAAGUUUGCUAUAAACAAAAAGAUAAAUAACCAAGAACUACAUAAUUAAAAAAAAAAACAGACUGCCCAGCAUAACACAUACUAACGCUUAUUCAAUUUUUAUAAACUGCAAGGAUGAUGACUGAAAAAAUGGCAGCCGGUCACUCAAGCUUGGUCAACAAGGGGAUUUUAAGUGAUCAUCCAAUUGCGACUAAUAUAAGUGAAGAUAUGGGCUGGAAAUCAAAAUUAAAACUUCCCCCUAAAGACAAUCGCUUUAAAACUACAGAUGUUACGGAUACACGUGGCAACGAAUUUGAAGAAUUUUGCUUAAAAAGGCCACUUUUAAUGGGUAUUUUUGAAAAAGGCUGGGAACGUCCAUCUCCUAUCCAAGAAGCCGCGAUACCUAUUGCAUUGAGUGGAAAAGACGUUUUAGCACGUGCCAAGAAUGGUACUGGAAAAACUGGGGCUUAUUGCAUCCCUGUGUUGGAGCAGAUUGACCCCACGAAAGACUAUAUUCAAGCACUAGUAAUGGUUCCCACCCGUGAAUUGGCCUUGCAGACUUCACAGAUAUGUAUUGAGCUUGCCAAGCAUCUGGACAUCAGAGUAAUGGUUACAACCGGAGGCACAAUACUAAAGGAUGACAUCCUUCGUAUCUAUCAAAAAGUACAAUUAAUUAUAGCAACUCCUGGAAGAAUUUUGGACUUAAUGGAUAAAAAAGUGGCGGAUAUGUCUCAUUGCAAAAUAUUAGUUUUGGAUGAAGCCGACAAGUUGCUUUCAUUAGAUUUUCAAGGCAUGCUGGAUCAUGUUAUAUUAAAAUUACCCAAGGAUCCACAGAUAUUGCUUUUUUCUGCGACAUUUCCAUUAACUGUUAAAAAUUUCAUGGAGAAGCAUUUGCGUGAACCUUAUGAGAUAAACCUCAUGGAAGAACUAACAUUGAAAGGUGUAACUCAGUACUAUGCCUUUGUUCAAGAGCGCCAGAAAGUGCACUGCCUAAACACAUUAUUCUCCAAGUUGCAAAUUAAUCAGUCGAUUAUAUUCUGCAAUUCUACGCAGCGCGUUGAACUCUUAGCAAAGAAGAUUACUGAGCUCGGAUAUUGCUGUUAUUACAUUCACGCUAAAAUGGCUCAGGCUCACAGAAACAGAGUUUUCCAUGAUUUUCGUCAAGGUCUCUGUCGAAAUUUGGUGUGCUCUGAUCUAUUCACACGUGGCAUAGAUGUACAAGCCGUAAAUGUGGUCAUUAACUUUGAUUUUCCACGAAUGGCAGAGACAUAUUUACAUCGAAUCGGCCGGUCUGGUAGAUUUGGUCAUUUGGGUAUUGCCAUUAAUUUAAUAACCUACGAGGACCGAUUUGAUCUUCAUCGUAUUGAGAAAGAAUUGGGAACUGAAAUUAAGCCAAUACCCAAAGUAAUAGAUCCAGCAUUGUAUGUGGCAAAUGUGGGCGGGUCUGCGGGGGAAGCAGCCAAUAACAGUGAUCUUAAUAAUUCUAAAUGAAGAAGGCAAUGUUAGUAAAUAAAUCGAAAAAGUUUGGAAUAUCUAAAACUGGAAAAUAAACAAAGAGAAAACUUG